UUCUCAAGACGUCGCUUGCUAACUACUGAAGUGUAGUAAGCUAGGUAACAAACGUUACGUGACUAAUUCGAGUUGGGAAUGACUAGCUACGUCUGAGCAAAGGACUGGUUUGAUAUCUAGCUUGCUGUCCGGGUGAAGCCUGACCACAGCGGGGUGGUGACAGAUGGCGUCAAGCACUCCAUGAACCCCUUCUGUGAGAUUGCUGUGGAGGAAGCAGUUAAACUCAAGGAGAAGAAGUUAUUUAAAGAAGUGGUGGCUGUCAGCUGUGGGCCUGCACAAGCAACCGAGACCAUCCGCACUGCUCUUGCCAUGGGCUGUGACCGCGGCAUCCACGUAGAGGUCACAGGGAAAGACUACGAGUCUCUUGGACCCCUACAGGUCUCUAAGAUUUUUGCGGCUCUGGCCAAGAAGGAAGAGGCCUCCCUGGUCAUCCUAGGCAAACAGGCCAUAGAUGAUGAUUGUAACCAGACGGGUCAGAUGACUGCGGCCUUGUUGGACUGGCCUCAGGGCACAUUUGCCUCUGAGGUGGAGAUUGAGGGGGAUAAGGUGAAGGUGGUGAGGGAAAUUGAUGGUGGUCUAGAGACCAUCAAGAUCAAUAUGCCUGCUGUUGUCACAGCAGACCUUCGACUCAACACCCCCAGAUAUGCCACCCUGCCCAACAUCAUGAAAGCCAAAAAGAAGAAGAUAGCCAACAUGAAGCCAGCUGACCUUGGGGUGGACAUUGUGUCCAGGUUGGAGGUGUUAAGGGUGGAUGAGCCCCCAACCAGACUGGCUGGGGUUAAAGUGGAGACAGUGGAUGACCUGGUGGCCAAACUCAAGGAGAGUGGAACAAUAUAGAGGCCCUGUGGGGGUCGGAGUGGGAGUGCAGGGGACACACGUGGUCUCUGUAUGAACAACGGUAAAGUAGCAGUGAACAUGGAGGUCUGGUUUCCUAAGACAGAACCCAUCUCCACCCGGCCAUCUGUGUGUGACUGACUUCCAUGACAGUAGUCCAUUGGCUGAACUGAAGGGCUACUAAGAAAUACUGUCCUCCAGGAGCCCUCCUAGCCCACAGGGUGAUGGGAGGGCCUGUUUUGCUGUGAAUCCUAAUCCACAUGGUACAUUUGAAUUAAUGUAUAGUAUAUUCUGUGAGUGUAGGUGACCAGGUAUUUAAAAUGCACUACUUCCAGGCCGGCAACAUUUACUCACCUUUGUUAAUGUGAGUUGCAUUAAGGGUCAACAAAGUGUCACAAUAUUUUGAACUGCACCAUGGACCUAAACCUUCAGUGUCACAUCCGGGCUGUGUAGUAUGAGUUGGAUGUUAUAUGUAAAUGAACCCAACGCUACAGAGCUGAAUGUGCAUUUCAUGUUUGGUGUCAAAUGUCAGCCAAAUUGGUGUGUACAAAGUUUAUCUGAAAAUAGUUUUCUGUGGGUUAGGUGGCAGCUUCAGAUGACAGUGCCUCUCAGUAGACGGAAGAAUGAUCAAAACCAUGCACAGUUGACUUUCUACCAUAAGGGCCUCUGUUCUUUUUAAAUUGUACAGCAUCCUACAAUAAACAACUUUCUUUCAUAUCUA